AUCAUAUUGACUUUAGGAUGGAUUGUGAAAUUUAUAAAAAUGAAAAUGCUGACAUUGCUUGCUUUUAUAUGUCCAAUGUCAGUGGCAACGCCUGAACGAAAUGUAUUUCUCACGUUUUGUACUGAACAGAUAAAUAAACAACAUUCCCACCGGUACCAGUGGAGAGGAAAGUGGAACAACGAAAUUGUUACGAUUGUAAACAACUCACAGAUGGCGCUACGAAAGUUCACAGCCAAUCGACUAACGCGCUUUGUUGGAUUGCGUUUGGCGGUAUUUACAAGAUCUUUUGGUGGGAACAUUCAGUGCGCCAUUGCAAAAGCCACAAGGAAGGGCCAAUUUUUUUUUGGGGAAAGGUGGUUCAGCACAAGAUCGGACAACAUGUUGGGUACCAAUCAACGAAAAAUGCUUGCAACUAAAGUUCUUCAAGAAGACAACAUCCAGAUACCACUGAAGCCAGGAAGGGAAUAUACUGUUUCCAUAGAAGGUAACAUUGGCUGUGGAAAAACAACUUUAUUGGAGUACUUCAAGUCUUCAAAAGUUGUAGAGGCAAUAAAAGAACCAGUAAGCCAGUGGACCAAUGUGCAGGGCCACAAUGCAUUGCAACUGUUGUAUGAUGACCCCAAGCGAUGGAGCUUCUCUUUCAACAACUAUGCUCAACUGACCAGAGUCCAGAUGCACACAAGACCACAUCACAAACCAGUCAAGAUGUUGGAGAGAUCUUUAUUCAGCACUAAACACUGCUUUGUUGAAAACGACUUCAGAAAUGGAACGAUUAAUGGCCUUGAAUAUGCGAUCCUGAAUGAGUGGUUUAACUACCUCACAGAGAUGCCGAGGACUGGGAUUGACCUUAUAGUGUACUUGAGAGCAGACCCCAAAGUGUGCUUUGAUAGAAUAAAGAGGAGAUCAAGGAAGGAGGAGGCUGGAGUACCUUAUAAACUGAUAGAUGAUCUACAUAACUUGCAUGAGGAGUGGUUGGUACAGCAGAUCUGUGGGAAACUGCCUGCUCCUGUAUUGGUACUUGAUGCCAACAAUGAAUACAACAAAAUGACAGAAAUCUACGAGGAAAAGAGACAUGAAAUUCUUUGUGGAAUAAAAGCGUGAAUUCUCUUAAUUUCUUAUUAUAAAACAAAGAGUAGUGUCUGAGUGGAAUUGUGUGUUCUGUAGAACUGUUCCCGUGUUUGUACGGAAUCCAAUAAAGAGGAACAGUCUGUGCUGUAACCACACCAAAGUGGCCCAUGGGAAAUGAGGCAGUUGUGUGCACUAGUAACAAUAAGAAAUCUACAUGAUUUUUAGCUUGACCAUUCGAAGAAUAAGGGGAGCUAUCCUAGUCACCCGAGCGUUGGCAUCCGCAUAACCACUUUUGUUAAAGUUUUUGUAAGAGUUUGUGUACCACCUCAAAUAUUUUCAAAGUCCAUUGACACAUGGCUUUGAAACUUUGCACACUUGUUCACCAUCAUGCCCCCCACCUGUACACAGGAGGAGGUAACUCUAUUUAGCAUUUUGACAAAAUUAUGCCCCAUUUUCAACUUAGAAUUUACGUUAAGUUUACGUACCACCUCAAAUAUUUUCAAAGUCCAUUGACAUCUGGCUUUGAAACUUGUUCACCACCAUGCCCUCAACCUGUACAAAGGAGGAGGUAACUCUCUCACGCAUUUUGACAAAAUUAUGCCCCUUUUACGACUUACGUUAAAGUUUGCGUACCACAAAGGUUUUCAAAUUAAAUUCAUGUAAAUUUCUCAGCACAUCAUGUUUUGCAUUGAAAUCUAAUUUAACAGUGAUCUAUGCAUGUCUCGCCAAAACUUUUCAAUCCAUACACCAAAAAGCGGUGGAAUAGUUGAGCGCGCUGUCUCUUGUUGAAAAUAAGUUGUCAUUGAUAUUUAUAUAUUAAAACCAUUGAAUGCAUUUAAGUAUAAAUGGCGUAUACUUGAUUAUAAACAAUGUGCUGACUGUUUGAAGAGUGUGUAGUUUUAACUGAUAGUUGUUCUGGGGUUGAAUGUGUGGUGAAAUUAUUGAAUUAGGCAGCAUUUUCUUUUAUUUGAAUGCAUUGUUCAAAUAUGUCUUCAUUUUAUAAUGCUGUGCAUGUUUUCUUUUAUUGUCGUUGUUUAAGAGUUGUGCUUUAUUUUUAAUUGACAUCUAGUUUAUAUGUGAUAACUACAUAAAUUAAUAAAAGCAUCACUGCCAUAAGCUUAUGCAAAUGGAGGGUAUAUUAUAACUGUUAUCCUAUUGGAUAAACUCUUUUUAAACAUACAAAACAUUUCUUGCUGUUUAAAUAUUUGUAUUAUAACAGUAUUGCUUGCCAUGUACUUUUUACAACUGAGUCUGGUGCUUAAUUUUCUUAGGUUUCAUUGAGAUAACCAGUUUGAUCAUUACUUCAAAAACAACUCCUUACUAGACUGUAGUAAAAUGUAUCACCUUGUACAUUUUGCCAAUUUGUUUCAUUUCCUGAAGUGUGAAAUCAUUAUUUUAACUUGCAUACCAUUUUUUCCAUUAGAAAACAUACCUUGUUUGGAUUCCAAGUGUAGUUAAUACACGUCUACUGAUCUCAGGAAGGUUAAUUGUGUUCAUUUGUGUGAAUGUAAAUGCAGAUAUUUUGCCAGUACUAGAAUUGUACAUGCAUACAAUUAUUUAGAUUAAACUAUGAGAUGUGUUUAUUUUAAAGAUGUAAUGUUGCAGAAUUGUAAAUCUUGAUUUUAGACAUAACAUUUAUUCAGUAUCAUUAUAUACAAGAUAUGUUUGAUUAAGAUCAAUAUUACCUAUGAUACAAACAACACAAGUAAGAUAAUGCAGUAUGGAUGAGCUUUGAAUAAAUAAAAAAAAUAUGAUACAGCUUAUGGAUAACAACAAUUCAUUUUUAAUCAAUAUUAAUGUACUGGCUUGUUAAAGUACAAUAUUAUUUGGUUUGGUAAUGAUUACAUAUUGCAUUAGUAUGAAUUAAGUAAAAUUACCAGUAAGUGUAUCUCAGUCUUUAAAGUAUCAGUUUAACUUGUCACUAAACUUAUUUACCAUAAAUAUAUGAUUAAAAAAUAUAUAUAUUUCUAAUUUUAGAAUUUAAUCCUAAUAAGGAAUUGUUUUAAAUUGGCAAUGUUGUAUCUUUGAAAUUAUUGUUCCUUCUGUCCAUGUCUUCCUUUCUUCUGACUCUUAAAAUAAAUGUGUAUCUAAAUGUAUAUCUGUGGCUACAGUCUCAACGUACAUGUAGCUAUUUUAUUUAUAUUUUGUAAUAACCUAUGAUAUAUACCAGUAUGUAUUUACAUGCAGAUAAAAACAAAAGAAAUAUA